CUUUCCCUUCUUCAUCUCUAAUGCACGAUUUAUGAGAUUGGACGAGUUCUCCCUAGGGUUUUCUUUCUUCAUCGAAUAUGCAUGCGUGAGUCUUCAAUUCGUCUGAAGAUCUCGCUGCUCGCUUGCUCACUUCUCACAUGGAAACGCUCACUCUCGCACAUACUCACGCUCGGUCGCUCAGAGAUGUCGUUUCCUUCUGAAAUUUUGGCCUCAAAGGAUCUUUGCUUGCUCAAGGGUCGAAGCGAACAGAGAGUUGAAGGCAUUGAACAGAAGAAAACCCUUAAAAGGAGGAGUUAUCCCAGCCCUUUGAUUCCAUCAAUUUCACCACCUUGCAUCCAACGGCUGCGCAACUCCCCCUCUGAUUUCAUUUCUCCUACAUGCAGGUGAUUCUGGCAAUGUGUAUGUGAAAGAGAAGCCUUCGAUGCAGUUGGCGAAGGAGGACGGCCAAGAAACAUGGAUGGCUUUCAUGGGCGCGAUGAUGGUGGGAUGGAUAUGGGGGAUCCGACCCACCAUCAGCAUCCCAUGCAAGCGCAGUACCGGCAUCAUCGUGGGUCGCAGGUGCAACAGCGUUUGAGCAAUGGGAAUGAUGUGAAUGGUGAUGGUGAUCCUGAUGAUAGUGGCGGCGGCGGCGGCGGCGGGGAGGGCGUUGAAGGGGAUGUCCCUUCUGACGCCGGAAACGAUUCGGACAAUCGUGGGUCUUUGUUGGAUCAUGGAGGAGGUGAUGAUGGGGACCAGCUCACUCUUUCUUUUCAAGGUCAAGUUUAUGUCUUUGACUCUGUUUCGCCCCAAAAGGUACAAGCAGUGCUGCUAUUACUUGGGGCAAGAGAAGUGACACCUAAUCCAUCUGCUAUCCCAGUAGCCACCAACCAAAAUCAGGAUCUUACGGAUACUCCUCAAAGGUUGAAUGUCCCACAGAGGCUGGCUUCACUGAUCCGAUUUCGUGAAAAGAGAAAAGAACGAAAUUUUGACAAGAAAAUUCGCUAUGCAGUCCGUAAAGAGGUGGCACUUAGGAUGCAAAGAAACAAGGGUCAGUUUUCAUCUUCAAAAUCCAACAACGAUGAAUCUUCUUUAGCUGUGACAACAUGGGAAUCAAACCAGAGUUGGGAACCUGAGAGUAACGGAUCCCAGCAUCAAAAGAUCCUAUGUCAUCACUGUGGGAUUAGUGAGAAAUCUACUCCAAUGAUGCGACGUGGCCCUGAAGGACCGAGGACCCUUUGCAAUGCGUGUGGAUUGAUGUGGGCAAACAAGGGAACUUUAAGGGAUCUUUCGAAGGCAGCUCACCCAGGUGGACAAGUUUCUUCCUUAAACAGGAACGAGAUGCAGAGCGCAAACCCGGGGGAUGAUUAAAUGGUCCGUAGAAUCACAGAAAAUGCUAGUGAUUCAUCAUGACUACAGUCCUUGGCUCGACCCAGCAACAAGAUAUCGAUGUCAGACAUUUUGAGGGAGCACACUAGGAGGUCUGUUAGAGACUUCCUUUAGAUGAUGACAUACUCAGUUUACUGCAUAGGAUGUCCUUUCUGGCUUUCCAGAUGGAUGCAGGUCUUUGAAAAUUUCCUUAUAUGCUGGCCAAGCGACUGCUGGGUUUUGGGAUGGCUUUCCUGUUGUUAGGUUACAGAGGAACUGCAAUUUUCCGGCGUUUUGUAUAUCUUGACCUAAACUGCGUAUAAAUAAGCGCGAUAGUUCUUUGCAGUCUUCUCUAGAUUUUCAUUAAUCGAAAGAGCCCUUCAUGUUAA